GGCCCGGGAGGCGACGCCGGGGCCGGGUCGGCCCGGCCAUGCCGCUGGAGACGCAGGACGCGCUGUACGUGGCGCUGGAGCUGGCCAUCGCCGCGCUGUCGGUGACGGGCAAUGUGCUGGUGUGCGCCGCGGUGGGCACGUCUAGCGCGCUGCAGACGCCCACCAACUACUUCCUGGUGUCUCUAGCGGCGGCCGACGUGGCUGUGGGACUGUUCGCCAUCCCCUUUGCCAUCACCAUCAGCCUGGGCUUCUGCACCGACUUCCACAGCUGCCUCUUCCUCGCCUGCUUCGUGCUCGUGCUCACGCAGAGCUCCAUCUUCAGCCUCUUGGCCGUGGCGGUCGACAGGUACCUGGCCGUCCGCGUCCCGCUCAGGUAUAAGAGUUUGGUCACUGGGCCCCGUGCAAGAGGAGUCAUUGCUGUCCUCUGGGUCCUUGCCUUUGGCAUUGGACUGACUCCAUUCCUGGGGUGGAACAGUAAAGACAGUGCCAUCAACAACUGCACAGAGCCCUGGGAUGGAACCACAAAUGAAAGCUGUUGCCGAGUGAAGUGUCUCUUUGAGAACGUGGUCCCCAUGAGCUACAUGGUAUAUUUCAACUUCUUUGGGUGUGUGCUGCCCCCACUGCUCAUAAUGCUGGUGAUCUACAUCAAGAUCUUCAUGGUGGCCUGCAAGCAGCUUCAGCGCACUGAGCUGAUGGACCACUCAAGGACCAUCAUCCAGCGGGAGAUCCACGCAGCCAAGUCCCUGGCCUUGAUCGUUGGGAUUUUUGCUCUGUGCUGGCUGCCAGUACAUGCCAUCAAUUGUGUCACUCUUUUCCAGCCAGCUCGGGCUAAGGACAAGCCCAAGUGGGCAAUGAACAUGGCCAUCCUCCUGUCACAUGCCAACUCGGUUGUCAAUCCCAUCGUCUAUGCCUAUCGGAACCGAGACUUCCGAUAUACUUUUCACAAAAUCAUCUCCAGGUAUGUUCUUUGUCAGAGAGAUGUCCUCAAGAGUGGGAAUGGGCAGCCAGGGGCACAGCCUGCUCUCAAUGUGGGUCUAUGACCAAGGUCCUGGCCUCUUCAAGAAGGCACACUUUCACAAUAAAGGGACAGACAGAACGUGACCGGCUGAUUCCCAUUGUUAAAGACAGCAACACCUUGUAAGCAGAUGGGCUGCCUCUUUUAAGUACUUCCCUGGAGUUAUCACACACCUAGCUAAUAUGUACAGGUUCACAAAUGUAUUUAUGGUUCUUUCUGGCUGCUCCCUAUUUGGAUGAUGCUGACGGCUUGAGUGGAUUGUAAAAGUCGUUUUUUGGGUUUUU